AACGAUAAGGAAGAAGGAGAGCGACCCGAAGAAGCGGCGGGAGGGAAGGAAGAGUUUGAAGAGAAUCAAGAGAAAGCGGCGGAGAUGAGCCGUAAGGAGAAGCGAAAAGCGAUGAAGAAAUUGAAGAGAAAGCAGGUGAGGAAGGAGAUAGCGGCGAAGGAGAGGUUGGAGGCGGAGGCUAAGUUAAACGAUCCGGCGGAACAGGAGAGGCUGAAGGCGAUGGAGGAAGAGGAGGUGCGGAUGAGAGAGAAGGAGCUCAAGGAGUUCGAGGAGAGUGAGAGAGCCUGGAGAGAGGCUAUGGAGAUUAAGAGAAAGAAAGAGGAGGAAGAAGAAGCGAAGCGGGAAGAGGAAGAGAAGCGUUGGAAUGAUUUAGACGAGUUGAGAAAGCUCGAGGCUAGUGGGAAUGAUGAAGGUGGCGAAGAUGAGGAUGGUGAAUAUGAAUAUAUCGAAGAAGGGCCUCCGGAAAUUAUAUUCAAGGGAAAUGAAAUCAUUCUCAGGAAGAACAAAGUGAGGGUUCCAAAGAAAUCGGUGGCUCAGGUGGGUGGAAAUGAGAUUUCCAAUGUAGAGUUUGUUUUGAAGAUUGCUGCCAGGCCUAUAUCAAAUCCUUUACCUCCGGUAACCGAAGCUUCUCCCAGUUAUCAUAAUGUGAGCUCUGCUCAACAGAUUCUGGAUAAUGUUGCACAAGAAGUACCCAACUUUGGAACUGAGCAGGAUAAAGCUCAUUGUCCUUUCCAUUUAAAGACUGGAGCUUGUCGGUUUGGCCCGCGAUGCAGCAGAGUUCAUUUCUACCCUGAUAAAUCGUGCACUCUACUUAUGAAGAACAUGUAUAAUGGUCCUGGUACUGCUUGGGAACAGGAUGAGGGGCUUGAGUAUACAGAUGAGGAGGCUGAACGUAGUUACGAAGAAUUUUAUGAAGAUGUUCAUACAGAGUUCCUGAAGUAUGGAGAACUUAUUAAUUUCAAGGUGUGUAGAAAUGGCUCAUUCCACUUGAAGGGUAAUGUAUAUGUACACUACAGAUCACUGGAAUCAGCAAUUCUUGCCUACCAGUCCAUGAAUGGUCGAUACUUUGCUGGUAAACAGGUGAAAUGUGAAUUUGUCAACAUCUCAAGAUGGAAAGUCGCCAUAUGUGGGGAGUACAUGAAGUCGAGGCUUAAAACUUGCUCUCGUGGAUCUGCUUGCAAUUUUAUCCAUUGUUUCCGUAACCCGGGUGGAGACUAUGAGUGGGCUGACCAUGACAAACCACCUCCAAGAUUCUGGAUUCACAAAAUGACCGCUUUAUUUGGAUAUUCCGAUGAAUACUUGAAGCACACGGAGCGUGAAUAUUCGGGGUCGUUAAAUGAUUUUAGAUCAGAUCAAACGACAGAUUCACAUAGGCAACCUUCAAGAAGAUCGAGAGGUCAUGAUCAUGUGAACGUUGGAUCUAAACCUUCUUAUAGGAGCCAUAAGAAUCACGGUGAAACUCGGGACAGUAGUCGUGGACACAAACUUAGUAGGCAUGACGAGAGCUGCCAUGGUGAUGAAAGUCCUAACAGUACUCGAGACGGUAGUUUGGAGAGGGAGAUGUACAGAGAGCGACGGUAUGCUAAGGAGAGAUCGCGUCAUGAAAGCAAAUGGUCUGAGCACUCUCAUGGUCAUCGGGUGAUAAGGAAAAGAAUCCAUGGUAGGUAUUCCGAUGAUGAGUCGUCUCCCGAUGGAGAUGACUAUGGUAGGAGAGAGUUGGGUCAAAAACGAAAAGCUAGAAGAGGCACCGAUUCAGAAGUUGAUGAAAAGAAGAUACGAACCCACAGGAGUUCAAGAAACGACAAAAGGGAAGGAUCAUCAGCUGAUGAGGAGGAGAGUCAUGAACAUGACAGGGUUCACGCAGUUGGUGGUAAGUCGCAGAGGGAAAGACGGAAACAUCGACAUGAAAGAAGCAGCUCAAGAUUUUCGGACGAGGAAUAUUUUAGUGAAAGUAAACGACAUCAUCCGGAUCAAGGAUCAGACUUUCGAGACGAUGGAGAAAAUGACAAGAAGAGAAGUGUGGAGACAAGUCCCAGAGAAUAUCAGUCAGAUAAAGUUAGGGACAAAAGCAAACAGGGACAUAGAUAUAAGGCCCGAGGUUCUGACUCUGAUGGAAGCAGGAAAGGCAAAGGACGCCGAAGAAGCUCGGGAAAUGGUGUAAGCGUCCGAGAAUCGCAAGAACUCAACGCGCAUGGAAAGAGAGAGAAAGUAAGUGGUUCAUCAAGUUCAGAUAAAGAAGAAACACAGAAAGAGAAAUGUCGUCGCCAUAGAAAACGAGGAAGGUCACAACACUCACACGAGCAGACUUCUAAGGAACCAGAGGAAGUCGAAGGAGAGCGUUGGAGACCAAUUCGGCCAUUUUUCUUGGCGGCACAUUUUCGCACCGAAGAAGAAAGAGAAGAUAAUCGGGCACUGGGGUGCACGAUGACGAUAGCGACGCCUUUCAGUGGGGCUGCGAAUUCGGUCGCGGCGGCGAGGACCGUUCUGAUAACGGGAGUGAGCAAAGGUCUGGGAAGAGCCCUAGCCCUCGAGCUGGCGAAAAGAGGUCACACUGUGAUUGGAUGCGCUCGUACUCAGGAGAAACUCGCCGCUCUUCAGUUGGAGCUCUCCUCCCCGGCCAAUCAUCUCCUCCUCACCGCCGAUGUGAAAUCAAACAGCAGUGUAGAAGAGAUGGCACACACAAUUAUGGAGAAGAAGGGUGUCCCAGAUAUCAUAGUUAACAAUGCCGGCACUAUCAAUAAGAACAGCAAGAUUUGGGAAGUCUCUGCAGAAGAUUUCGACAAUGUUAUGGAUACAAACGUUAAAGGAGUAGCAAAUGUGCUGCGCCAUUUUAUACCUUUGAUGCUCACACGGAAGCAAGGGAUUAUUGUGAACAUGUCUUCUGGAUGGGGAAGAUCUGGUGCUGCCCUGGUUGCACCUUACUGUGCGUCGAAAUGGGCGAUAGAGGGUUUAAGCCGAGCAGUGGCAAAGGAGGUAGGUGAAGGAAUGGCAGUGGUUGCAUUAAAUCCAGGCGUGAUCAACACAGAACUGCUCACGUCCUGCUUUGGCAACUCAGCUUCCUUGUACCAAGCUCCUGAUGCUUGGGCUGUGAAGGCUGCAACUAUGAUUCUGAACCUUACAGCCGGCGAUAAUGGCGGAUCUCUUACGGUCUAA